AUGCCAGCUUGUGACAGAGGCGCCGCCACAUCUGACAGGGGGCACGGAAAAGCCGGCCUCACCGUCACACGAUCCGCCUCCAUCGCCAACAAUUUCAUGCAGUCCGACGGGGCCCUCGGUCUGGACCACAACUCCUUGAUGGACCAGGAUGGGCCAACUCUGCUCGACGGCAACGGUGCUCAGAUCCUGCCCCUCGGCACCAACGCCCACGCCGUCCCCACCGUGGUGAUUGACGGCCACGCCGACUCCUUCGCCGAGGGUGACCUCUCCAUCGCCGUCGCGGACACCGUUGAGAUCCUCGCGGAGCUCGAUGACUUCAACAGCACCAGCACCCCUUCCGCGCCUCCGAGGUGCGGCUCGGCCGCGGGG